AGUCAGUGUCACGGAAGUCUGCCGGAAAGUAAACUAAAAUGUCGUACAAGGAAUACGCAUCUUUGUGUUUGAUCGCGCUUGUUCUGGGACAAGCUGCAGCUUUACCGCAGCAUCCUCAGUACACUCAGCAAUAUCCACAAGAGUACCAACAACAACAACAACAAGUCAGAGGGGAUAGAAAAUUCGCUGAAAAGCCAAACGCGAUGAAAAAAGUGGCACUCGAUGAUCUCGAAGACAUUAGUACUAAUCAAAUUCAAGAAGGUAGCAGUAGCGGUUUUUCAUGGUCCAAUAUGCUGGGUAUGCUGAUGCAAAUGCUGCUGGGUCAGACCGGUGGUGCGACCGGACCUAGCAAGAACGAAAUAGAUGAUGGUGCAACUACGAGUCCGUGGACCAACUUGCUCUCUGUAGGUCUUAGGGUUCUCACGGCACUAUUAGGUGGACCCCAGCAGCCGGUGGAUGGUAUCGACAAGGUGGACAAUCAGAGUAGUCCUAUGCAGGAAAUUUUGACUGCGGUGCUGGGCGCAUUUCUAGGACAGGGCAGAAAUCCCGAACAGAUUGCAGUAAUGGCGAAAAAUGCUUCCGAGCAGUUUAUCAGCAUAGUCAUCAACCUGCUAGACGCCCUGAAGACAUCAUUCUCUCAUCGUUCCUUGACAGCUCGUUCACUCGGGAGGCGCGACACCAUUUCCGAAGCUGCGAUAGCAUCGAUCUCUAUGCUAAAGGGCUACAUGAGAUCUGUCAAGUCGUUUAGCUACGUAGGACGUGUCGAGGAGGAAGGUCAACGCGGAUGCGCCGAGAGAGCUCUUUGCGAGGCCAGCGCAGAGUGCAUCGCUGACACGCAAGGCCCAUCGUCAAUCUUCUGCCAGCUUGGAUCGUACGCGACAAGCUAUCUCCUGCAGAGGCAGAGCGGCGUCGGUUUCGAGGUUCUUUACGAAGCAGGACGUCGCGGUCGCACGGGCGAGGACUGUAGAACUCUCUUCAUGGAUUGCAAUGCCGUAUGAGCGCGUCCAUUCGUGCGGCGUACGUUUCAUCGAGUGUAGCUUACAAUUAGAUUCUGCAAAAUCUCUUUGCCGAUCGAAUUUUUUUAUCAGAUAUCUCUAAUUGGAACAUUUCGCCUCGAUGAUAGAGAAUGAUGCGAGAAACGCAACUCUAUUUACGAUUUACGUUACAGACAACCAAACGACAUCAAAAAUCUCUAAAGUAUUCUCAAAAGACAUCUUGAAGAUUGGAACACGUCUUUUUAGAGUUCUCGAAUGUUCAAACAUUUUGUUUAUGUGUCAAGCACUCGACAUAAACAAUCGAUAAGAUUUCUAGUAUAUCCUACGCUAGAGAAGUUUAAUCGACUUGACUGUGCGCGGACAUGCAUUUAGAAAAUACGCCAAGCUAGGAGAUUCACAUGGAAUUUUGCCAGCUCGACAACUCACGACUGAUCAUUUUUUUUCGAGGCAGCAAAUUCGGCGCACGUGUACGUACUAAAUAAUGCAAUUUGUAUAAUUCCGAUAAGUCGGUGUGACUUUGGCGUCGCAAAUAAAUCAAGCAUUCGAUAGAGUUUAAUCUUGUAAAAAUUUGUCUCGCGAAAAAUGAGAUAAAACUUUCGGAAAAUUUUCGAUAAUCCACUGUGCGGUUUCUAAUGAAAUCUUUCAAUAUUGGUUGGGGUCUAUCUAUACAUUUACAAGUCUAUUGUCUCGUAUAUCAAUGCCCAAGUUUCGCCAUGCGUCAAUUAUAUAAUUAUAUAUUUAUUUCUAUUUAUUGAGCGUAUUAUAUACAUAUAAGUUGUAUAGUAAUGUGUAAGUGCGUACUUGUUUAAAAGAUUUGCAGCGAUUUCCGGUAUUUUUUGACAAUCUAUCUCUAUCUAUCUAGAAAUACAUAUAAUAGAAUGACUAUAAUUGUCAGUCUUUCAAAUUUCUAAUACAUAUACAUAAGAUAUAUGAUUUUGUUCGACAUCUGAAAUACGAUGCAUUUUUCUCCAAAAUAUGAUAUAUGCGCGAUAGAAAAGGUUGGUCAAAUUGUUGUCACAAGACCGGAACGCGAGUUUGUCGCAAAUUUCAUUUUCGAUGUUACAAGUACAGAAAAAAAAUUUUACGCCAGUUGCAGUGUUGUAAUUUCCAUGUUUCUAUAGCCUCGAAAGUUUAAUUCACGGAAAUUACACAAGCUCUAUCAAGAUUGUUUACAUACCGUAUAUAUUUAAUGUUAAAUGUAACGGUAUGUAUAUAAAGUAUAUAGUAUAUUACAUCAAUAAUAAGAUUUUUAGAAACAGAGAGAGAGAGAGAGAGAGAGAGAGAGAAGGGAAGAAGACGCGCUUAGAGCUGUUGGAAAAACAGGAUCGGCAAAUUUGAUGUGUUUGAUGAGCUUCGUUCAAGUAUUGCUAUCAUUUGCUAGAAAAAAAAAGAUUAACCUUAGGCGAUAUUAUUUAUAAAAUAUAUUCU